CUUUCAGUCGGAGUCGCAAUUUGAGUCUUUAAAUGUAUUUUGUGCAGAACGUCACCACGCGUGUAGCUUCAAGACUGAUCAAGCCCUUGUGUUCAAGUUAUCAGUUUCCAAGAAAACGUCUCAAGAAUGUCCCUCAUGCCCCGAGCUCCAUCCGUCAAAUGGCCACCAGACCGUUUAGAUGACGCCCACUUUGCUGAAGACAUCACCUGGGAAGAGGUCUUGGUACCGGACAGCUCAGAGCCCCAGACCGUGCCGAAGAUGCUGGACGCUACUAUGGACGACUCGCUGGCGUCCAAGGACGGCACAACAUCAACAGACAGCGGCGUUCCGCCUGAACUGGUGGUGAUGGACACGUCGGACACGGGGGAUCUCAAGGACUCCGGAAACGAAGGACCGCCGGAGAAACUGUUCAGCAGCACGCUGGAGUCUCCAACGGACCCCAGUCUUCCGCUGGGACAAGAUGGAGGAGUAUUCUUCAGCCAAAGGGCACCCGAAACCGUUGGUGGCGGGGAGAGCGACGACGACGACGACGAAUCGGACGAGGAACCUGUCGAGCAGGUCAUCGUAAAGGCGCCCAAGAGACGGACCCAAGAGAAAGGGCGGGGCCCGGGGGAUCAGUCUGUGAAGACGGUGCCGGAGGCAAAGAAGAGUAGGAGGAGCAAGGACACUGAGACUACUUCCCCUCCAAUUCCGAAGGGCGGCCAGAGCAAGUCUUCCACCCCAGCAGCGUCCCCGGGAGCGGGGGAGGAAGAAUCUCCGAAGGUAGCUGCGAGCGACCAGGACAAGUCGGCCGUGAGAAAAUUUGGGAGAGGCCAAGAGACUUCUAGAGCAGGCCUUGGUCGCGCCAAAGGCCUUGGGCCAGAAAGUCUCGGGUCUGCCAAUUUCUUUAAAAGGGGAAUUUUGUCCGGGUGA